AUGGGAGGUAUUUGUUCGUGCCGUAAGAAUGAGGAGCAACUACUGAGGGCGGAGUCUUACCUUGGAAACCCCAAUCUUGAGAUACAAGCUGAGGAUAUAAAAAUGGCAACAAAUAAUUUCUCGGCUGAGAAUAGAAUUGGUGCAGGCGCCUUUGGUGAAGUUUAUCAAGCUGAUCUGCACUCAUUUGGCGUUGUUGCGGUUAAACGAAUUAAGCAAAAAUUUUUGCAUACCGGCUUGGUUGUUGAUGGCCACUUUUGCAUGGUGAUGGAGUUUAUGAUCAAUGGCAGUUUAAGAUCAAGAUUGCAAGCGAAGGAUGAAAAUCUGAAUUAUUUAGUCAGAUUACGAAUUUGUAGAGGCAUAGCCAAUGGAAUCAAUUAUCUCCAUUCAGCAUUUAGGACAUAUCUUGUGCAUAGGGACAUUAAGAGUGAUAACGUAUUGCUUUCGGAAGAUUACACUCCUAAAAUAUGUGAUUUUGGCCUAGUAAAAAUUUUCUCUUCAAAAAGGAAUAAUAAUGUUAAUAGUGCUGCCAUGACUGAAAAUAUAUGCGGAACUCAAGCUUACUUACCCCCAGAAGCAUUUGAUGGAAUAAUAUCACGGCGUCUUGAUGUGUAUAGUUAUGGAACUGUAUUACUGGAGAUUAUAUCAGGGAAAUCACCGCUCUUUAGUAAUAAAGAAGGAAUUCCAUAUUUGGCCAACUGGCCUAAAGAUUAUACAAAGGAAUUAAUGAAGCUAGCCAAUUGGUGUCUAAGACAUAAAUAUGAAGAUCGACCAUAUAUGAAGGAGGUUAGUAGGGAGACUAUCCAAGCGGUGCAAAUAGCUUCCGAAGUGUGGCAAUUAAUUAAAUAUUGUGUCAUCAAUGAUUUACUUUUAUCGAGUAAUUAA